CAUCAACCUCCAUGAUGCCUUCUUCCUCCGAUCCUUGCCACAUUCUGUCAUCUUGCUUGCUUUGUCCUGCACUGUCAGUCGAGCACCGAAACAAACACAUUAGAAAGGUUCAGAGAGGUGAAAACAGAACAUGGAGAGCGCUACAGGCGAUGACGGAACCACGGUCGCGACAAGAACAUCGAUACCCGUCUCCAUUCCCGGAUACUCGGGGGCAUACAAUAGGGGGCCUUACACAGACACAUUCUCCCCUCCGAUAACAUGCCGUCAAUCAGCGACCAUGUAUACGGCCGACGACGGCGCAGGAGCAGCAGCGGGAACAAUUUAUUACGGACACUGGUGGUCAGGGGACGUGGCCUGCUAUCCCACAGGCACCAUUCCAGCCACCUCGUACACACAUUUUCAGUUUUGGUACUCAUAUUACUACAGCCCUGGCUACUACUGUCCGAGUAGUUGGCACACAGCAGCGACUUUAGCCGAUGGCUGGGCAGGCGAGACACUCACCGGGAGUCGUAAUGGCGUCCUGUGUUGCCCCAGCGGUCUCACCCUCUACAAUAAUUGGACGCAUGCGUGCGCGACAUCCGUCUCUCCAGGAGACGUCAUCACCCUGGUGACCAACUUUGUCGCACUUGAAACCACAAUAUCCUCCUCAUCGGUUCUGUUGCAAGAUGGAAUCCCGCUCAUCCGUGACGAAACCAUCACAGCCACCAACAACCCGUCGACCACUAUCACCCCGGCCCCAACGCUAUCUCCCACGACCCCUCAAGCGACGGGCGGCACGGCCACGCAAGUCCCAACGCAGGCUACAGCACAAGCAACAAAGAAUAUUUCGACUGGUUUCUCGACAAUUGCCAAAGUGGGGAUUGGAGUGGGUGUAACCCUCGGGGUGGUCCUUCUCGCCGUUGCGGGAUUAUUCUGUUUCAUCUGCUCUCGACGGCGCAGAAGACAACCUUUGCGGCACGGUCCAUCCUCAGAUCAGCCAGCCUUUGUCCAGGAGCUUCCCUCGAAAUCAUAUCAGAGGCCUGUCGAGCUUUCUGCGCGUCCGUAUGUGAGCGAGCUCGAAACCCGAGCUCAUGUGAGUGAGUUGCCAGGGUAGUCUCUGAGCCUGAUUCAUCUGAGCCAGAAUCCUGUGCAGGGUAACGCAUCUUUCCAAAAAGACCUCAGUAGCAAGAUGCACAUGAUACCAUUUAUGUUGCCUUACAUAAUAUGUGAC